CUGUAAACAGAGGGGACACGUGAUGCAGCACACAUCCGCUUCCUAGUCCUGUCAGGGCAGCGGCGCUUAGCCAGACAAAUAGACUAGUUUGAGGCUUUAGAGAUCAUCUCAACGAUGGCUGAUUUUGAAGAACAACUCACCGAGGAGGAGAAGGUCCGCAUUGCGGCUAAUUUUGUCCUCCAUGCCCCACCUGGAGAGUUCAAUGAAGUCUUCAAUGAUGUUAGACUACUCCUCAACAAUGACAAUCUGCUCAGGGAGGGUGCAGCACAUGCCUUUGCACAGUACAACAUGGAUCAGUUCACUCUGGCCAAAAUAGAUGGUCAGGAGGAUCAGAUUCUCAUCACGGAACACGGAGACCUGGGCCACGGCCGGUUCUUCGACCCCCGCAGCAGGCAGUCUUUCAAGUUUGACCACCUGAGGAAGGAGGCCAGCGACCCCCAGCCCCACGAGGGCGAGGCUGGCCUACAGGCCUGGAGAGACGCCUGCGACGACGCCCUCAGGGCCUACGUCAAGGAGCACUACCCCAGCGGAGUCUGCACCGUUUAUGGGAAAACUAUCGAUGGCCAGAAAACCAUUAUUGCCUGCAUCGAAGGCCAUCAAUUUCAACCCAAAAACUUCUGGAAUGGCCGUUGUCGGUCUGAAUGGAAGUUCAGCGUCUCCCAGUCCACAGCUCAGGUUGUGGGAGUCCUGAAAAUACAGGUGCAUUACUAUGAGGAUGGAAACGUGCAGUUGGUCAGUCACAAAGACAUCCAGGAGUCCAUGACCGUCAAUAAUGAGGCUCAAGCUGCAAAGGAGUUUGUGAAAAUCAUUGAAGAUGCAGAGAAUGAAUACCAGACGGCCAUCAGUGAAAACUAUCAGACCAUGUCCGACACCACCUUCAAGGCCCUGCGCCGCCAGCUGCCAGUCACACGCACCAAGAUCGACUGGAACAAGAUCCUCAGCUACAAGAUCGGCAAGGAGAUGCAGAACGCCUAGGUUCUGCCCUGCACCUAGCGUUACUGUACGAACUGACACACAGAGAGGGAAGUAGAGGGGGAGAGAGAGAGAGAGAGAGAGAGAGAGAGAGAGGGAAGUAGAGAGAGGUAGAGAGAGGUAGAGAGAGGUAGAGAGAGGUAGAGGGAGGGAGGGAGAGAGGAAUUGAGGCAUAUUAACAAGAAAGUGAUCUGGCGUGUGAUGUAAUGUUGUUUUUGUUUUUUUUCUGACUCAAGAAACCACGUUUUUGUUUUGUCGGAUUUUGAUGGCUUUGCAUUGAAAUGUUUGUACGGUUUAGCUCUGGGUCAUUUUACAAUUUAUUUUAAAUUUUGUUGAGAACAAACGAUGCCUUCAGAGACACUGUGAAAGUUGGGGUCCUACUCUCUCACACCUAGCUCAUCCACCUCACACUGACACACAGACCCAGGAAGUCACGGCCCCAUCACCCCAUCAUCCCCAUCACCCCAGCCAUCUCAGCAUCCUGCAAACACCUCUCUCACCAUCUUCCAUCACUCAAAACAUCCUUUUAUAGCAACAGGACAAUAUGCAACCUGAAUACUUAUCCUCUAUAACUUAUGCAUGCCCCCCCCCCCCCCCACACACACACACACACACACACACCACCUCCCCCCUCAUGUAUGUGCGUUCCUGUCUGGAAUCUUGAAGCUCAGAACUACCCCAACGUCCUUGUUUACCUGUAGGCUUGGCUAGAGAGAAGUCGGCUAGCUCCCUUAUUUGCCCUUGAUGACUGAAUAUCUGUCCCGUUUUUUUUUUUUUUUUUUUGUAGUCUGGUAAAACAGGCUGGCAGUCAUGGGAAGAUGACUCAGAGCUUAGUCUGUCAGGCUGGUUUAUGUGUUAUAUUGGACUGUCAGGCUGGUUUAUCUGUUAUAUCGGACUGUCAGGCUGGUUUAUGUGUUAUAUCAGACUGUCAGGCUGGUUUAUCUGUUAUAUCAGACUGUCAGGCUGGUUUAUCUGUUAUAUCAGACUGUCAGGCUGGUUUAUCUGUUAUAUCAGACUGUCAGGCUGGUUUAUCUGUUAUAUCAAACUCGCAUGAUGUGGACUCAUCCAGGCCUGCUCACUCUCAGUCCUCUGGCCUUUCUUCAGCUUGGGCUGUAUUUUUUUAUGACGAAAAAAUGUAAGAACAGACAUUUAUUAUUCAAACGGAAUAAAGUAAUGUUGCACCAAAUACUAUGUUUUAAUUAUUGUGAUCAUCAGAGGGUUGUUUUGUCACAGUAUGAAAAAUAAUCUAUCUUAAAAGGAAUUGAUGUUGGAUGGAAGUGAGUUGGUGCCAAAUGUGUACUUUAUGUAAAUGCUGCAAAUAUUUAACCAGUCUGGUUGCCUGCUACUGUUCUCAGAUAACGUUUUUUGCUAGUCAGGUGAGAGGAACACGACAGUCACCUGCUUCCUAUUAUGCAUAAUACUUCAGAGGCAACCCUGUUCAAUAAAGGUGAUCGUUUAUGACUUUUCAUAAAGCACACUGAUUAUUGCUGAUAGCCUACAGCAGUUUGUAUCCACACCAGACAUGUCAUCUGUAUUUCCUGUGUACUAUAGUGUGUUAAACUGUUAUGAUAGACAUUAAACGAAUAUUGUGCAUCA